AUGGAGACGACCCAAGACGUUCAGCAAUCUGCCGAGCGCAUCGGAGCCACUGAUGCAGUAGUCAACGCUUCCCAGGAGCUGAAUGAUUACGUUACGGAGAUCAAGAAGAAGGAAAAGACAAGAAGCAGAGGUCCAGGAACCCUGAUACAGGAGACGUCACCUCAGACACAAUCAGACUAUGGAUAUUUCCUUCCUAUGGAGGAUGUACGCAUGGAUAAUGACGUUGAUGAUGCAGAGUUUAACAAAGUCGACGUUUUUGUCCGCGGUUCAAAGCCAUCUGCUGGCCAAGCCAACAACCACUGGUCCAACGUCGUCUCGUUUCUAGGAGUCAAGGCGGCAGCGUCUGAUGACGUGACGAAAGAGAUUGUUUCAAUGUUUGCGAUAUGCCAGAAAGAUGUGCCAGUACAGUACUGUCAAUUCAGAUCUCUACUACGUGACGUGGUGUAG